AUCGGCGGUGGCUGUGGCAGCGGACCUGCCGCAGCUUGUGUUAGCCAUGCCGGCGGCGCGCGUGGAGUACAUUGCGCCCUGGUGGGUCGUGUGGCUUCACAGCGUCCCGCACCUCGGCCUGCGCCUGCAGCGCGUGGACAGCACUUUCAGCCCUAGCGACGAAACUUACCAGGAGUCACUGCUCUUCCUGGGCAUGUUGGCUGCCAUUGGCCUGGGCCUGAACCUCAUCUUCCUCGCCAUUUACCUGGUAUGCACAUGCUGCUGCCGGCGGGACCACACGGUGCAGACCAAGCAGCCUGACUCAUGCUGCGUGACCUGGACUGCAGUGAUGGCUGGACUCCUCUGCUGCGCUGCGGUGGGCGUUGGUUUUUAUGGAAACAGCGAAACCAACGAUGGGGUGCACCAGCUGAUCUACUCCCUGGACAACGCGAACCACACCUUCUCUGGAAUGGAUGAGCUGGUGUCUGGAAACACCCAGAAGAUGAAGGUAGACUUGGAACAGCACCUGGCCCGGCUCAGCGAGAUCUUUGCCGCUCGGGGUGACUACAUGCAGACCCUGAAGUUUAUGCAACAGAUGGCAGGCAAUAUCGUCAACCAGCUCUCGGGGUUGCCCGUGUGGAGGGAGGUCACCGAGGAGCUGACUGCGCUGUCCCACCAGACCGCCUAUGUGGAACACUACAGGUGGCUGUCCUACCUCCUGCUUUUCAUCCUAGAUCUGGUCAUCUGCCUUGUCACCUGCUUGGGACUGGCCAGGCGCUCCAAGUGUCUUCUAGCCUCCAUGCUGUGCUGCGGAAUACUGGCCCUGGUCCUCAGCUGGGCCUCCCUGGCAGCUGAUGCCGCGGCAGCAGUGGGCACCAGUGACUUCUGCAUGGUUCCUGACGUCUACAUCCUGAACAACACACAGAACCAGAUCAGUUCAGAGGUGACCCGCUACUACCUGCAUUGCAGUCAGAGCCAAAUCAGCCCCUUCCAGCAGUCACUGACCAUCUUCCAGCGCUCAUUGACCACCAUGCAGAUCCAAGUUGUAGGCCUGCUGCAGUUUGCCGUGCCCCUCUUCCCUACAGCAGAGAAAGACCUUCUUGGCAUUCAGCUUCUGCUAAACAACUCUGAGACCAGCCUGCACCAGUUGACCGCCAUGUUGGAUUGCCGAGGGCUGCACAAGGACUACUUGGACGCCCUCACUGGCAUCUGCUAUGAUGGCAUUGAGGGCCUGCUCUUCCUUGGUCUCUUCUCCCUCUUGGCUGCCCUGGCUUUCUCCACCCUGACCUGUGCAGGACCUCGUGCCUGGAAACACUUCAUCAACAGAGACAGAGACUAUGAUGACAUUGACGACGAUGACCCUUUCAACCCCCAAGCCCGACGCAUCGCGGCCCAUAACCCCGCGAGGGGGCAACUGCACAGUUUCUGCAGCUACAGCAGCGGCCUUGGGAGCCAGUGCAGCCUUCAGCCUCCCACCCAGACCAUCUCCAAUGCCCCUGUCUCCGAGUACAUGAACCAGGCCAUACUCUUUGGCGGGAACCCACGAUACGAGAACGUGCCACUCAUCGGGAGAGGUUCCCCUCCGCCCACGUACUCUCCCAGCAUGAGAGCCACCUACAUGUCCGUGGCGGAUGAACACCUGAGACACUACGAGUUCCCAUCCUAGGAGCUUCCAGGGUACCUGCCUCUCCUGCCAGCUUGGUUUUCAGCGGAUGCAGAAACCCAGCUGUGUUUCUGGAAUAGAAACUGAAGGUCCCUGGACAGGAACAGGCUCCCGUGUCUGCAGAGACACAGCUGGGAUUCCUGACCAAAGCCUCAGGUGGAUACGAGGCCUGUGACUAGACCAGCCUCUCCGGCCUUAACUCCCCAGGAUUCGGCUGUCGUCCCUGAGACAGCUGCCCGGUUCAGCCCACCUUAAGUCCCACCCUCAGCAGAUGACAAAUGGCGGUGAGGAGGAGACCACCAGCCCGAGAGCCCCUUUCUUUCAAAGUCCUACCACCGGGCUCCUGCCUCUUGUUAGCGUGGCGCUAAGUCCGAGCUAUACCUUCCGGUUACUUUGUCCUCAGUUUUUAGGAAGGUGGCAAUCGGAGGUGUUUUAGGAGAACACCUGGUCCUGGAUCCACAUUCUGGGACCACAGGGGACUCUGCCUAGACCCCAGAAGGACAGCAUCAAGAGAACUCUCCAGAGGGGAUUGGUGGCUUCAAGCUGGGCACUGCAGUCUGGCAGCCUUGGGCAGACGUGUGGGAUGGGAGAAAGCCCGCCAUGUUCUCUAACCUCCACCAGCCACCUCUGUUCCGAACCAGGUGUCAGCUGCAGGUGGGGACAGUCUCAGGUAUGAACAGACGCUUUGAAAGCAACUCAGCUCUUGUCCCCAGUGUUUUAAAAUGUGUUCAUGAUCCAAAGACUCACGCCCCCCUCACAGGCAUGGUCCGUUCUUGCAAUAGACUCAGGCUCCGGUUUUAUUUAUGCCUGAUGCUAAACUGUGGUCUCACACAAGCCGUCUUACAGAUCUGGAGGAGAGGCUGAGGAGUGGGUUGUGGGGUUUUUUUUGGGGGGAGGGGUUCUUUUUGCUAUGGUCUCAUAUACCCUGACUGGCCCUGGCUUAGAACUCACAGAGAUCUACCUGCCUCUGCCUCCAGAGUACUGGGCUUACGGCAUGUGCUAUGACACCACACCAGGCCAGGAGCAGAUGUGAUUUGAUUUUUUUUUUUUUUGAGGUAGGUUUUCUCUGUGUAGCCCUGGCUUGUCCUGGCAUUCACUCUGUAGACCAGGCUAACCUCAAACUCAGAGAUCCACCUGCCUCUGCUUUGAGAGUGCCAGGACUAAAGGUGUGCGCCAUGGUGCCGAGUCCUGGUUCUUUGUUUUUUUUUUUUUUUUAAUAAAAUAAAAUAUUGGUAAGGUAUUCUAUGCCACAUGACUAGAUAAGGAUGUCUGGGGCCUUGUAAAGGGAAAGGCAUGAUAACUAAGGCUAAGGAACUUUAUCUAUUCUGAGGAACAGCCAUUUCUGGCCAGGAGAAAAAUAAUGACCCCUGUCCCGCCUGCCGAGGGACCAGGUUAAGGGUCUUUGGUGCUUCCAACCUCCGACCAACCCAGAGCACACUACACACCGAAGCCUUGUACAGCCAAGCAAGGCCCGGCUGAUGGCGCGGGACAGGGCUGCCUCCAUUUCAGAAGAGCCACAUUGUCAUCGUACUGGCAGCUGCCAGCCAAGCCAAGCCACCGGUGUCACUGUGUCUCAUAUUAACCUGUGCAUACUGUGAGCUACCUGUGUACGCCUGUGUCCCGUGCAGACUCGGAGCUCCGGCCUCAGGCCUUGCUUCUGACGUUUCCUCUGCAGCAGCUGAAAGACUUUUUAAUGCAUGUACAAUAAACUAAAACUCCUCCGGGUUCCACAAGAGUCAGGUGGGCAAGCCUCUGCUUGAUACAUGUUUGCUCUCACCUGAGCCAAGAAAUAAACCACUUCCCUUAA